AUGGUUCUAGGCCUCUUGACUUGCUCCCUCUCCUCCGGCCUCAUCGCCGCCGCCGCCGCCGACUUCCCCGGCAGCCCCUGGACCUUUACAUACCUUGCUGAUCCGGUACUCAACGGUGAGCUUGCCUACUCCAACGAUAAACCUCCCCGAUCCGACAAAGAGGGCCUGUUCCAGAGCUUUGUACCGCAUCGAUCCCGUCUCAAACGAUACCUGUAUGACUUCCAACCCGGAGCGACCCCAGAGGGUGCCGAAGUCAGCACCAACCACACCGAAGAAGCGGGCCUAGGGAUGGUUUGGGACGGACGUACAGGAGUGGCCAAACUCUGUGGAUUUGGCGUUGGCGCUGCGGCCGAGGAUCCGGCGCAUCUCGUUCGUGAUGUCCACGAUGCCGGUGUAGUGGAUGUGUAUCAUCUGCAAGAGCCGAAGAAGAGACGCCUGGUGGUCAACUAG